GACAAGUCGGGCGGGGCGGGGCUAAUAACCACUUCCGGUUGGGCGGUGCUUGUGUGCGGGAGCUCACUCCCUGGGUGAGCCGCGGCCACGGGAACCUACGGCGUGGAGCUCCCGGGAAAGGGUAGGUUAUCAUGGACCUGCGUCAGUUUCUUAUGUGCCUGUCCCUGUGCACAGCCUUGGCUUUGAGCAAGCCUACAGAAAAGAAGGACCGAGUACACCAUGAGCCUCAACUCAGCGAUAAAGUUCACAAUGAUGCUCAGAAUUUUGACUAUGACCAUGAUGCCUUCUUGGGUGCAGAAGAGGCAAAGAGUUUUGAUCAGCUGACACCAGAAGAGAGCAAAGAAAGGCUUGGAAAGAUUGUAAGUAAAAUAGAUGACGACAAGGAUGGGUUUGUCACUGUGGAUGAACUCAAAGGCUGGAUUAAGUUUGCACAAAAGCGCUGGAUUCACGAGGAUGUAGAGCGGCAAUGGAAGGGGCACGACCUCAAUGAGGAUGGCCUCGUUUCCUGGGAAGAGUAUAAAAAUGCCACCUACGGCUACGUUUUAGAUGAUCCAGACCCUGAUGAUGGAUUUAAUUAUAAACAGAUGAUGGUUAGAGAUGAGCGGAGGUUUAAAAUGGCAGACAAGGAUGGAGACCUAAUUGCCACAAAGGAAGAGUUUACAGCUUUCCUGCACCCUGAGGAGUAUGACUACAUGAAAGACAUAGUUGUGCAGGAAACCAUGGAGGAUAUAGACAAGAAUGCUGAUGGUUUCAUUGAUCUGGAGGAGUAUAUUGGUGACAUGUACAGUCAUGAUGGAAAUGCUGAUGAGCCAGAAUGGGUGAAGACAGAGCGAGAACAGUUUGUCGAGUUUCGGGAUAAGAACCGGGAUGGGAAGAUGGACAAGGAAGAGACCAAAGACUGGAUCCUCCCUUCAGACUAUGACCAUGCAGAGGCAGAAGCCAGGCAUCUAGUCUAUGAAUCAGACCAAAACAAGGAUGGCAAGCUCACCAAGGAGGAGAUUGUCGACAAGUAUGACUUAUUUGUGGGAAGCCAGGCCACAGAUUUCGGGGAGGCCUUAGUACGACAUGAUGAGUUCUAAGCUGCAGACAGAGGAACCUACAUUUCUUCAAAGUAAUUUAUUUUUACAGCUCUGGUUUCACAUAAAAUUGUUUGCGCUACUGAGACUGUUAUUACAAACUUUUUAAGACGUGAAAAGGCAUAUUGAAAUAGUGAAAUCACCCGUCCCCACUCCUCCUCCCUCUGAGGGGCUGGAGGGAACCCGUGCUUCUGAGGAACAACUCUGAUUAGUACACUUGUGUCUGUAGGUUUACACUUUGUAUAAUGUAUAACAUGGUGUGUUUAUUUUUGUAUUGUUCUAUAGUUGGGAGUAUACUAUGAAGGAUCGAGAUCCUCAACCCACACUUGUAGGCAAACAUUAGCCAUUUACACUUUCUCAACCCCUUACCAUAGUUUUUUAUAAUUCUCGCCUAACUAAUUUUUUUAAAAGCCUGAGAUCAAUAAGAAAUGUUCAGGAGAGAAAAAGCAAGAGGAAAAACAUGUACUUCAUGAUUUAUGUUUAGGGAGAGAAUGCUUUAUCUUGCCUGUUGAAAAGUCUCAUUUCAUGAGUAGCUGUUCGGUUGUCAUAAGCCCAGCCACUGAGCCUGCCAUUGUCUGGGCAAGGAUAGAGUCCUGUGCUGUAAGACAGCUUGACGCAACUCACUGUCAUUCUUUUUCCCCUUUAGGACUAGCUGUUUGCUAAUUUUGUCAAGCACAGCUGUGGUAGAAAGAAUUAGGGCCAGUGUCUUGAAAAAUCAACCAAGUAGUGUGUAUGGUGUCUUCACGGGGCUAUUUCUAGCUCUUUAUAGAGCUGUUUCCAACUAGAAACAGCUGGAAACAGCUGGAAACCACGAAGAACAAAGUGUAUGCAGGGCAUGCAUCUUACUCUUAUUUGAAAUCACUGUAAGUCCCCAUCCAGCCCCUUUCUAAGAAUUAACCUUGGUUUUACUGCAGUUAAAGUUGAUUCUUUUCCAAUCAUGACAUUCAUUGAAAGUGCCUUUAACAGGAAAAAUGAUCAUUGAAUGGAAAUUGGACUAAGAUAAACGAUUUGGGCACCUUACAUGAAAGCAUUGAACCUCCUGAUACAGUGGGGUUUCCCCCUCUUUUCUCUUGAGAACAGGAGCUAAAUAGCAGUAUUACUCACAAGCUUGGUUGCAGUGUUCGUACCUUGUGGGCUGGUUUCUAAAACCUCGUGCUGCUGAUUGACCAGGGAUCCUCAUACCUCAGAAAGCAAACCACUCUUCUUACCAGGCCUCUGUUCACCAGAGCUUGAGCUCUGCCUCAAGGAUAGAAGGAUGUACAGAGGGGGCUCUUUGGUUUGAGGACCACUGCUCACCCUUCCUGACGUUAACCCAUCACACCCCAUUUUAUCAUCUCCCUUUCUCUCUGACACAAAAAGGUGGGGUAGGUAAGAGGGUUGUAGAUCAUCAGGUUGCCAUCCUUAUUAAAAAAAUAAUAAUAAUAAUCUGUUGCCAACUCCAUUCACCCAUCUUUUGGUCUCUUGUUGAUGGGCCUCUUAAGAAUUAUUGUAUCCCAAGUCUUUAACCCUCAGGUUACUAAGAUGAAUAUACAUCUAUAUAAUCUUUAUUACUUCCUAUAUCUCUGAAUAAUACAUUCAGGUGGUGCUGGGUGAUGGCCAUAUCUGAACCUAGACCUCCCUUUGGUCUUCCACAAUGCAGUUGAGGUGGGCUGCCUGGAGUGGUAAAAAGCCCAAUUGUGGUAUAAUUUUACCUUAGCCAUCGCAUCAAGCUCUUGAUAGCAGAUACACUCUUAGGUCUUAACCCCAGUAUAGGAGUAAUGAACAUCACUGCCUUUCAGAUCCUCAACUCUAUUGUUAAGGCGACCAGAGAUAAUUAAUGCCACCAACCCUGGCUUAGAAAGGGUAUGUCAUACACUGUGUGGCAAGAGGGCAUUACAGCUCAUAGGCAUUACAGAGCCUAACGCUGGUGUGAAAGUCACACACUUACCCAGCCAGCUGAGUCUGCUAGGAUGGCAUAUUCCGGGACCUGGAUGCUCAGCAGCAAGAACUGUGCUCUAAUGUCCAUGAGUCCCACAUAGUGUUGGGGUUUGGGUUUGGGUUUCUGGUUUAAAUCAAGACUGAGGCAGUGUGGUCUCAUGUCUAUAGAGUGUGCCCUGUGAAUGCUAAGCUCUCUUGAAUUUGAAUAUUGGUUCUUUUUUUAUAGAGUGUAAACCAAGUUUUAUAUUCUGUAAUGCAAACAGGUACCUAUCUGUUUCUGAAUAAAACUGUUUACAUUCAUCAAGG